AUGGAUUCCACCGAGCUAGCCUCUGCUGUUGCUCUCGCUUCUUUAGCUUCCUUCAGUCCUUCUACACAGAAGCCUACAUCAAAGCCAUUUGACCCACAAAAUUCGCAACAUGUCGAGAGGGCAUUUUCGAUGCCCGCUGCCUUGGAGAGCAGAUCACCGUCGUCAGAUCCCAUGCCUGUUUCUCCUGAUGUUCGUUCCCCUAUUCGUGCUAUUAAACGGGUUAGCUUUGCAAACUCGAACACCCCCCCAACUGGGGACACACAAGAGACUUUUGACUUCCACCAUGCUGCAAGAGCACCUCCAUCGGCGCAAGCGUUCCCAAUCCAGUUCCCACCUAAUGCGGUGACUGUUCUUCCCGGCCGCCCUGACUUUUCACACCCAUGGAUGCAUCCAAGGAUGCCGCCUCAUCCUCCCCCCCACCAUCCUCCUCCCAGAAUGAUGCACGGCCAAUCCUUCAGUACCGAUCUACAUUGGAUCUGUGAUUAUUGUAAUGCUGCCGCCUUUAGCACGUACGAGGAAGCAUGUGUACACGAACAAGCAUGUAAGAUGCAGUGCCGGCAGCAUGGCACCGGCAGUCCAAGAUUUCCACUGGGGCAGCAGCAAAGUAGCAUGGCGACAGCUGGGAAGUCAAAGGUUGAAGGGGAAACGGGGAACGAAGUCCCGACCAGAGCUGCAAGCAACGUUGAAUGGUUUAGUGGGUCGGUGUCACUGUGCAUUCCAGACUCUGACGCAGAGUGGUUGUCCGAAAUUAACUGCUUUCUCCGUAAGUAUUGUGUCGAGGCUUUCUCCGCAACAGAAGAGGACGUCCUUUCCACAUCCAAGCGUGGCCGUAUUACGCUGCACCAGGUGGGCAUCCGCUGUGUCCACUGUAAGCACAAACCCCUCAAGGAGAGGGCAGUUGCAGCAGUAUCCUAUCCCACAUCAGUGGCUGGGAUAUACGAAUCUGUCAAACGCUUUCACAGAAUCCACGUCGAGCACUGCGAGUGUAUCCCAGACCAAGUCAGAGCCAAGAUGGUUGAGCUCAAUAACUUAAACAUUUGGAUCCCAACCACACGUCAGUAUUGGACAGAUUCUGCGAGGGCGCUCGGUAUGGUCGACACUGACGAGGGCAUUCGCUUCAGUUGCGAUCCUCAGUUCAUCCGCUCGGUCAAUGCACCAGACACAGCGGAGACGACCGCCUCCUCCCAGCAGGCUAGGAAGGAUGAAGGCCAACGUUUGAAAGAUGGUGAUCACAUUGUUUUCCCGGAAGAUAUGAUGAUUGUACCUGCAUACGUCUACUUCUUGAUGAGGCAAGUUGAAAGUUGUCACUUCAGCGAAGUUGAUAGGUUUGUUGCCCGGUCGAAGGGUCCCGUAGGCUAUCCAGGCUUUCAAUGUCGUCAUUGUUCCGGCCAUGCUGGUCUGGGGAAAUACUUUCCUGUAUCGGCAAAGACGUUGUCCACCAACUCAACCAGCCAAAACAUUCAUGCACAUCUGCUGAAGUGUCGCAAGUGCCCAGAUGCCAUAAAGGAGAAGCUAGUGGCCUUGAAGGUUGAAAAGAGCCGCGCACCCCGGUUGGAACCUGGCUGGAGGAAGCUCUUCUUCGACAAGGUAUGGCAACGGCUUCAUGGCGCCAACUAA